GCCUUCGACGUUUCCAGAAUGCGGUGUGUAUCCUGAUCCUGAUGGGCUUAACGUGGUCUCUGGGUUACCUGAGUAUCAUCCGACCGGCCAGUGAGGUUGUCCAAGGAAUCUUCACCAUCCUCAACUCUCUGCAGGGGUACUUCAUCUUCAUGUUGUACUGUGUGCGCCAGCCUCAGGUUCGCAGGAUAUGGCGCUCACAGUUCAGCUGCUGCUUGUCGAAGUCUGUUGCGGCGUCUGGCGGCUUCACUUCAAGCUCUGGACAAACUAAUUCUACGAACAGGAACAGCUCGGCCAAGCUCAGGGGACAGAGAGGCAACCAAAAUGCAGGGCUGAUGUCUAACUUCGAUUCCAGUGGGUUCCAACAGGAUACAAUAAUGCGUACCCCACCUGAGAGACUGCCUAGAGCUGCUUACCAAAACGAUGGUGCCGAGUGGUGAUUUGAUACAUUUAAUGAAGCUUGAUGAAUGUUUAAAAGAUAGAUUGUGUUUUGUUCAUAACUACACAGAAAUAAUGUCGGUGAUUUAAAGACACAAGUAGUAAUGAUUUGAAAACAGUAACCCAUGCAGUCUUUCAACUAACAAAACAAUUGUGUUUUUCAACUAGCAUCAUGCAAUGUAUUUCAACAUGUUAAUAACUGUAUACAUAAAAGGUCAAUGGGGAUAUUAGAAGGGAAUACCAGUUGACCAUAUUUGCAGAGUAAAUUCAGCAUCUAGCAAUGAAUGUUAAAUUGAUAUUGAUGGAGCGGAGUCGGUGAUUAUCAACUUUCUUGUUUAUUUAUACAUCACAUAAUAAAUGUAGUCAUCAAAAAAUUCCCUAUUUCAUCUAUAUUUCCAAUAUACCUAUUUCGACAUAAACGUAAAGGUG